CGAUGUUGAGACUCAAGCGACGUCACAGUCACACAGAACGGAAGUAGAAGCAGAAAAAAACCCAGCAGAAGAAGAAGAAGAUUGCACGUGUGUCCAACAUGUCUGCCUACCAUGUUGAGAUGUUAUGAGCAGUGUUGACUAUUCUUGGCUAGUUCGACGCCGUUUUUUAUCCCACAGACCGUAAAGUAAAGUUACCGACAGCAGUCUAAAGAGAGACGUAAAGCCUCAGGAUGGCGCAGAGGAAGAAGAAAUUCACGAAGAAGAGGAGAUACACAGGCGGCAGAGACCAGGACGCUGACUUUGAACUGGCGGCUGAAAUUAAGGACGAUGAUUCUCCAGGGAAGAAACUCCAGCGGUUCCCAGCCACAUCAGACUGCCUGUCAGAUGUGGAGCCUGACACCAGGCAGCUGGUCCGAGCCCAGAACAAGAAGAAAAAGAAGUCUGGAGGCUUUCAGUCCAUGGGUCUCAGUUACCCCGUGUAUAAAGGCAUCAUGAAGAAGGGUUAUAAAGUCCCUACGCCCAUCCAACGAAGGACUGUCCCUGUGAUUUUGGAUGGCAAAGAUAUAGUAGCCAUGGCUAGGACCGGCAGUGGUAAGACAGCUGCCUUCCUGAUUCCCAUGUUCGAGAAGUUAAAAGCGGCUCAAGCCACGGGAGCCAGGGCCCUAAUCCUGACCCCCACCAGAGAGUUGGCUCUGCAGACCAUGAAGUUCACAAAAGAGUUGGGGAAAUUCACUGGCCUCAAGACUGCCUUGAUCCUUGGUGGAGACAGAAUGGAUGAUCAGUUUGCCGCUCUUCAUGAAAACCCCGACAUAAUCAUCGGUACCCCUGGUCGUCUCAUGCACGUUAUCACGGAGAUGAACCUGAAGCUGCAGAGUGUGGAAUACGUGGUGUUUGAUGAGGCUGACAGGUUGUUCGAAAUGGGUUUUGCCGACCAGCUUCAGGAGGUGAUCCGGAGGCUCCCAGACAGCAGACAGACUCUGCUGUUCUCCGCCACUCUGCCCAAACUGCUGGUGGAGUUUGCCAGAGCCGGUCUGACUGAACCAGUGUUGAUUCGUUUAGAUGUGGAUUCUAAACUCAGUGACCAGAUUAAGCUGUCAUUUUUCCAUUUGCGCAUGGAUGACAAGCAGGCAAUGCUGCUUCAUCUGCUGAGGAACAUAGUGAAGCCUCAGGAGCAGACGGUGGUUUUUGUAGCCACGAAACACCAUGUAGAGUACAUCAAGGAGCUGCUGACUUUAGAAGGAGUGGAGUGUGCCUACAUCUACAGCGCCCUGGAUCAGACUGCCAGAAAGAUCAACAUAGGGAAAUUUGUUCAUCGGAAAGCCAUGGUGCUGAUUGUGACUGAUGUUGCUGCUCGUGGUAUAGACAUCCCCAUGCUGGACAAUGUCAUCAACUACAACUUCCCCUCCAAGCCCAAGCUCUUCUUGCACAGAGUUGGCCGUGUGGGACGUGCUGGACGCAGUGGCGUUACCUACAGUUUGAUUUGUCCGGAUGAGAUGCCUUUCGUCUACGAUCUUCACCUCUUCCUUGGAAGGCCUGUUCAGUUCGCCACUUCUGAACACACCAAAGAUACAGAGGGUGUGUUCGGUCGGGUCCCUCAGAGCAUCCUGGAUGACGAGAGUUCUCAUUUGAUGACGGUUCACGAAAACUCCCUGGACCUGCAAAACAUGCACCAUGUCUCCGAGAACGCAUACAAGCAGUAUCUCAAGUCUCGACCAAACCCCUCACCUGAGUCCUUCAGACGGGUCAAAACCACAGAUCUGUCCAGCAUGGCGGUCCAUCCACUACUGGGGUCGGGUUUGGAGAAAAUGGAACUGGAGCGCCUUCACAUAGUUGAUGCCAUCAAAGUCUACAAAUCCAAAGCGACUAUCUUUGAAAUCAACUCCAGCAGUAAGACACAGGCUGGUGUGGUCAUGCGGGCCAAGCGCUCCAAGGACAAGCGGCUGGUGGACAAAUUCAGCAGACAGAGAGACACCAUGGCUGCAGAAAGCCGGCUGCACCAGCCAGUCAAGCCCACCGCCACCACCACCAAAGCUGACGAUGAUUUCACACACAGCGGGGACGAAGAAGAGGACGAUAUGAAGGGGGUGUUCUCUGCAGUAGUAGGUGGAAAAAGGAAAAGACUGCAGGAAGAUGGGGAUGAUGGACAAACGGACAAGAGAAGCAGAAAGUCGGGCAAAGAUAACGAGUAUUACAUCCCCUACAGACCCAAAGACUUUGACUCUGAAAGAGGGUUGAGUCUCGGAGCGGACGUCAGUACCUUUGAUCAGCAGGCCUCCUCAGCGGUCCUGGACCUGAUGGGAGAUGAGGGAAGCAAGUUAAACCAGCACAAGAACAUAUUGAAAUGGGAUCGUAAAAAGAAGCGCUUUGUGAGAGAAGCAGGAAAGGAGGACCAUAAGAAGAAGCUCAGAAUAGAUGGCGGACAGGUCAUCAAUAACAAGAAGAACAAGAAGAACUUCUACGAUGAGUGGAAGAAAAGAUACAGAGUCGAUGACGGAGGAUCUGGCUCAGAUGGAGAAGGAGGAGGAGGAGGAGGAAGAGGCGGAAGAGGAGGAAGAGGGAGAGGAGGAGGUGGAGGAAGAGGAGGAGGAGGUCGUGGUCGAGGCCGUGGUCGUGCUCGUAAUCCCAACUUCCAGAGCCCUGUGGGGCAGCAGCAGACGCCCGGUGGCCUCAGAGUGCGCUCAGAGCUGAAGACGAGGGAGCAAAUCCUGAAGCAGCGCAAGAAAGACGAGAAGCACCAGUUCCUGCAGAGGGGAGGCAUGAAGAACCUGCGGACCAAAAACAAACCGUGGGUCGGAGAAGUUAAGAAGUCAGGUUUUGGACGGGGCGCUCAAAAGAAGGGUAAGAUGAGGAAGAAACUCUGAGGAGGACACAGAGGGAGAACUAUCCCAGAGGGACAACGGCGGGGGAUGGUUGAGACGGAGGCGCCAUGACGGACUUGAGGAUGAAUACCAUCAAACCUCCCACACCACCUUCAAUAAUGUACGGUGUCUUUAAUGGUUAUGUAUUAAAGGAGAAGAUGAGUGGAGGAAAGCAUUUCUACACUGUAGAGAUGAAUGGCCAGACUCUAAAUUUGACAAAGAGUAUGGUUAAGAAUGAUCCAGUGAACUGGAGUUUGCUCUAUUAUGUGUUUUGGCAAAUUGUUUUUGAGUACGGAGAUAUUUCUAUACACAGAAUUAACUGAUGUCAAAAUACACUUGUGAUUAAGAUGAUAUUCUGUGUCUUCUCCAAUUGCAUUCAGUUGCAUGUUGAUACAACAAACAAAAAGUAUGUUUUAUGAUGUGACUUUCCAAAACAUACAUUUGUAUUGAAGCUGAGGGACUGUUAAGUGUCCCUGAUGUACUUUUCUGCUUUAGAUACUGUUUCUGGUUCUUAACUUAAAAAAAAAAAAAAAAAAAAAAAAAAAAAA